AUGAACGUCCUAUUAUCUACACAAUCUAAUGGGAGUAUAAGGGCGAUAAGAUUUCGAAAGAUCAAGGAUAGAAUAGAUUUCAAAUACAAGAAUGAGUUUUGCAUUGAGGGAAAGGGAAACUAUAUUCAACAGAUGAUGCUGUUUAAGUUCCAAGAUAGGCUGUAUUUAGUACUAGCCCGGAAGACGGGGUUAAUUCAGCUAUAUGAGAAUACUCUAGCUGAGAAUAACAAUAGACAGAGGAGCUUUAAGCUAUACAAAGAGUGGAAACAUUCGAAUAUGAACUCCCAGGAUUCGAUAGUUGGUAUAGGAUUUGUAAACCAUCAGUAUCUAUAUAGUUGCUCUAGCGAGGGCAAGUUGAUAUUCCGAGAUUUGGUUAAUGAUGAUGCAGACGAAAGUUAUAGGGUGUACUUGAUCCACAAACCAAUUUCAUGCAUUGAAAUAAAGAUGGCGAGUGACAAUAAGAUAUUAGCGGUUUGCUCGGGGAAGAAUAAUGAAUUAAAGAUAUAUGAGAUCGAAACAAACAUCUAUGAGAAGGUAGAUGACUUUGCUAAGACACUUGACCAUUUCUUCCAAAUUCCACUUGCGGGAAAUGAUAUCAGCCUUAAUUACGAACCGGUUGAUUUGGGAAGACCAAUGCUACAAUUAAGAAGAAGAUCGACAUCGUUAAAUUUGCGAUCAUCAUUGAAUGAGAGGCAAAUUCAUACGUUAAUGCCAAUGUGGACGUCGUCAUUGACUCGCGAGGAAUACGUAUACCACACGUCACCGAUGGAUUCCAUAUCUAACUGGAUUGUUUCUAUCUGUGUUAUGCCUAAUGAUUCUGGAAUGAUAAUAUGUGGUACUCAGUUCGGCAGCGUUAUUGUUUACAAUAUUGAUGAAGAUACGGCUCCCACAAGAAUAAUGAAUUUAUCACAGUUUCCAAUAACCACGCUAAAGCUUUUUAACAACAACAAGUUCUUGCUAUGGACUGAUUCGAUAUCGAAGGCCGGGGUCAUCAAGUUAUUCAAGUUCAAAACCACCAACUUGUACGACAAUUUAAAGAUUGGACCCAUGUCGUCUUGCAAGGUUAUCGUGAACAACGAAUCCACAACAAGAAAGCUUAAUCAGGAGAACGAUCUUUCCUACUUUGAUCCCAUCUAUUUGAUGUGUUCAGUGGUUGAUAAACGUCUCGUGAUUUACAAGCUUUACGAUGAUAACACUUACGAAAUGAUUUUCAAUCUACAAACUGACACAUUGAUUCCUACAAUGAAUCUUUUGGCGCACAAUGAUAGUGAGUAUCUGUUAAUCGAUUCCCUUAUCAAUGGAGCCGAAUUUAACACUACUAGCCACGCAACUGCACCAAAGAAAAGGAGUGAAUGCCUUGUACCGAAAUCGAAUCCGAAGCUAAAUGUGCAUGUUUCAAUUAAGUCUACAAAGCGAGCUGAUGAUAACGAUAGUAAAAAUGUCAUACGUGAUAACGGUACCCACAGCAAUAUCAGAAGCGAUUACGAUUGCGAUUGCGAUAAUGAUAGCGAUAACGAUAACGAUAACGAAAAUGAUAACGAAAACAAUAACGAUACGAACCACAAUAACUACAAUGAAGGAAAUGUUGGUCAAGUCAAGUCUUUGAUUAAAUAA